UAAACGAUAAAUUGUGCAUGAGAAGAGAUGAAUUAGACUACUUUAGAAUGAUUUGGAUGUCAUUUUAAUAUUUUGAGAUAUCAAAUUCAUGAAAUCAUUUUUCUUCCUCAAUCUACCAAUGGUUGGUCAUCAAAUUUGCUGCCAUAAAUAACUCCUUCCUUGUGUUGAAAAAAUGAAGGCAGCUUGGUUAUAAAUUGAACCUACAGCUCUUUACACAACCACGGUGAAGGAUGUUGCUAGGCAACCAGCACAGUACACUGAGAUGGCUUGAGUAAUGCAUGAAGGCUCAAGCUGGACAAUUAGAUGUCUCUGAAGGCAGUGUUUGGUACAUCCGGGUCCCUGUUGAACAGUGGUCUGGCUAUGAUCCCCGUCACUGGACUAUCCUCCCCAAACACCCACUCCAAUCCAACUCGACCACUAUCUAAACUCAAUUACACAACUCUGCACCCCACCGACGGCCAUGACUCCCCUGCCAGGUCACCCUCGAACCGGUCCCCCAGCCCCGUCCACAGCGCCCUCUCCCCAGCCAUCAAACCGCCCCUCAGAUCCGCCAGCUCCCCGCAGCUGCACCGGGUGUCCAAGGGUGACCUGCGAGAUCUGCUGUUCCUGACACCGUCCUUUCCGCUCAAAGGCAUCUUUGAUAUAGGCAAUGGUCAUUUUGAUGUGGUCCUGGAGGAGAAACAGAUCAGCUGGACACCGCUGAGUAGGUCUAGUCAUGCCAAAGGAGAGCAGUACCCCAAGGUAAUCAAGGCGCGAGACAUCUUUGCUGUCCAGAUCCAGAGGAUACAGAGGGCGGGGCAGGAGUCUGGGGGUCAUCCCAAGGGCGUGUCCAUCUUUGUGGUACGUCCUAAGAAGGGCGUGGCCAAUGGGAUCACCUGGGAGGAGAUCACGCUGGAGUCGACCAAUGAGGGAUGCUGCCAAGAAUGGUUUCAAGCUCUCAUGAAAAUACUCAAUGCAUUCACAGAGAGGCCAAAGAGAUUGAAGAUCUUUGUGGAUUCCUUGAGAUCGGAUAAGGCCAAACAGGUCUAUGACAACAAAGUAAGGAUGCUGUUUCACUAUGCUAGGAUGAAGACAGAUAUUGUGGAGGUGAGCCAUCAGCAUCAAGUACAGGAUGCAAUAGAUGCUAUGGAUUUUAACGAUGUUGAUGGGGCAGUAUGUAUUGGAGGGGAUACACUCACCAAUCAAGCAGUGCAUGGUUUGCUACAGAGAGCUCAGAGGGAUGCAGGUAUAGAAAUAUCACCGGACACCCCUAUGGCUAAAUGUAGGAUCCCACUUGGCAUUAUACCAACAGGGUUGUUCAACAUUGUAGCUCACUCUACACAGGGUAUCAGCAGUACAGUGACUGCCACACUUCACAUCAUACUGGGCCAUCUACAACCUGUCGAUGUGUGUUCCAUGUACACAGAGGAAGGUUUUCUUCGAUUUGGUUUCUCUGUCAUGUAUGGAUUUGGUAGCGAUUGUUUGAGGCGAGCCGUCAAAUCACAACAUGUCCUGAAAUCCAAAUCAGCGGAGUAUGCUAUGGCUAAGAGUCUAGUCAAACUUAGAUCGUACGAGUGUGAAGUGAGUUAUAUUCCCUUGGAUAAACAAAAUACCAAAGCUACAGAAAAGGACACAACCACUUGUAUGAAAGGGUGCAAGGUUUGUGGCCACGCCCCUGAUCUGACCCACCUGGUCCACUCCACCCCACUCCCUCUCCGCCCAAAGGACAGCCCCCUGGCCCUCCGCAAGCUCAGCACCCACCGACCUUCCCUCGGGGCGCCGCUGGGGGCCAAUCCCAACACCAAUCCUCGGUCCAGUCCCAACUCCAGCCCAAUGCCGACCAGACGUAGCAUGGGAGCAUCCGUCCCUUCUCUUCCGAUGAUCGCAUGGAGCGUGGAGUCCGUACAGAGCUCGUCUGAGGAGUGUUUAGUGACGCCAAAGAAGAAGAGUAGCAGAGACAUUGUCAAAUCCAUUUUUAAGAGAGGUUAUGAGUCGUCAUCCUCCUCUGCCCCCAACUCCAGACCCAGUAGUGCAGCAUGGGGGGAUAAAGACACCCCUCAAACGGGCGUGACUGGUAUCCAGAGGGGCGCUGAUACCACACAGAGGAACCUCAGGAAUGCCUUCACCAUUGGAGCUGGCGACCAAUCAUUAGGAAUACCCACCGUUCACGUGACCCAUGAUUUGGGGUCUAAGAGUGACAUAGCUUGUGCUCAGAAAGGCAUUGGUAUACUUCCCACUACUGACUCGAAUCAUUCACCUCGAUCUGGUGUGGAAUGGCUGAAGUUUCAGGAUUCCUUCAUCAGCAUCGGCAUCGUCACCUUGCCCAACCGAAGCCAGCUGGUUCCCCGUGGUCUCGCUCCCGGCGGCCAUCUUGCAGAUGGUCGUGCUGACCUCAUCCUGGUCAGGAAGGUCAACAGGAAGGAGUUCAGGAAAUUCCUACAGCAUCAUGGGAAUGAGGAAGACCAGUUUGAUUUUCCCUUUGUAUGGAAGCAUCAAGUGAAGGCAGUUCAGAUCAGGCCUCUGCUCAGCAGUGACGACCUGAGCUCACCCAGGCUUGAAAAACAGAUGAAACUUCUGACAUGGAACGUUGACAUGGAGCUAGUCAGGGCAGACUUCAUUGAAUUGAGGGUUCAUCGUCAGCUGUUGGCUGUGUUCGGAGAAGGUGUUCUGGAUGAUGACUUCCCAACGACAUCCUGCAGAUGCUUAUAACAUCCAACUGGUGAUGCGAUAUCUGUUCUGACAGCAUUUGCUCCGAUGAUAUUCCAUCUGCUGGCAUUUGCUCUGAUGACAUUUGCUUCGACGACACUUACUCUAAUGACGUUUGUUUCAACAACAUUUGCUCUGAUGACAUUUGCUGCAACAACGUUUGCUCUGAAGGCAUUUGCCCCAACAACGUUUGCUCUGAUGACAUUUGCUGCAACAACGUUUGCUCUGAAGGCAUUUGCCCCGACAACAUUUGCUCUGAUGACAUUUGCUGCAACAACAUUUGCUCUCAUGACAUUUGCUGCAACAACGUUUGCUCUGAAGGCAUUUGACCCAACAACUUUUGCUCUGAUGACAUUUGCUCUGAUGACAUUUACUCAGAUGACGUUUACUCUGAUGUUUACUCUGACGACAUUUACUCUGAUGACAUGGUAUUUAUUUGCUCCGAUGACCUUUUAUUACUCAGAUGGCAUUUGCUCUGAUGACAUUUGCUCCGAUGACCUUUAAUCAGAUGGCAUUUGCUCUGAUGACAUUUACUCUGAUGGCAUUUGCUCUGAUGACAUUUGCUCUGAUGGCAUUUACUCUGAUGACAUUUACACUGACGACACCUUCUGCUAGGGCAGAAAGUUCAUCUGUUCAGAAUCGCUUUAAAUUCUUGUUUGAUAAAGGAAAUUAGACCAAUACUAUUUUCCCUAUGCUAAGUAUUUAUUUAAUUAAGCAGUGCUUUAUCUCAGCAUUUAGUUUAAAUGAAAUAGUACAAUGCAGGCCAAAAUAUUUCUUCCUUUCAUAUAUUAGUAUUGAUACUCAUCUCAAUGUUUUUUUCAGGUCAUGCUAAUUUUCAGUUUUAACUUAAUAGAGCUAUAAAAAAAAGUGUUUUCUACCGUUAUUCCAUGAACUUGAAUUGAUUUACAGUAAUAAUUAAUGUAAUAUCUUGCCAGUUGUAUACAACAAUUGUGCAAAAUUCACCAAAAAAAGAUGAUUUUAUAUGAGAUAUUCAAUGAAAUAGUCAAAUGAAUUUGUAUUCCGCUAUAUAUUGUGUAAAUGAGUUUUAUAGUGAAUUAGUGAAACUGAUUUGUCAAAAUCUAUAUAUUUUUAAGCAAUGUACUAUUGAAAUGUAAGUGUGUGCUCUUUGUCAAUCUAUGCCAAAUCUAGUAAAUAUAAAGUGCUCAUUAGGUUUGUUUUUGUGCAGCUCUUGCAUGCUAAAAAUGGAAGUCGUAACUAAACUCCCUACCCCCCCCCCCCCUCCAAAGUAAGUAUUGUCACAUUCUCAAGGAAGUAUAUUGCUUGAUACAUGUAUUUUUAAUGACAGCAAUAAGACCCUUAUUAUUAAGGUCUUUUGAUAAUAUGAACUUUUAUAUUAAAGUAUGAGAUGUUUGAGAUCUCUA